UAUGGUGAGUAUUGGUCAGUAUUGGUAGUAUAGAAGUUGUGUGUCGGUAUGACAGGUUUUCUAACCUGAAUAAUCUUCAAUUUUAACGAUUAAUAUCUUGAUUCGCGAUGCAAAGUAACGCUUAUUUCUAUUAGAUUUUUUUGUUUCGCGCCAAAACGCAUCAAAUAAGCCUAAUUUCAUCAGCAUUAUAGGUGAGGAUUCUGAACUGUAUAAUUACCCGUUAAAUGUUUCCUGACUUCGAACACCUAGCCUCUCCGUAAAACUCUGGUGAAAUGGAAAAAAUUGAAAGUAUUGAUCAUGAUUUUAACAUAGAUGAAAAAUACAGAGUGUACGCAAGCGUGUCAUUUGCAGUAUUAUUAUUGGGUAUUGGUGUGCCUCUGUGGUGGCAAACUACAACAGUACCCCGGGUUACACUUCCUUACACUGGAAUUGACGAAUUGUCGCAACUGGACAUUAAAAUUACCACAAAAAUCACUAUUGCAGCACUCUCACACAAUCGUGCCGAGUUGCUCGCACAUGAGAUCAAACGAACAUUCGCAAAUGCUGAAAUAUAUCAGUUGAACGUAGAGUAUCAGGUAAUUUCCAAUAAUCUCCUGGCGUCCGUUUUCGUGUAUCAUGAGCUUGAAAAGGUGGCUGCGACCUUCGAUUUGGAUGUAGGUAACUUACUACUGUUGGAAGCGACAAAUUUGAAUGACGCUGUUCUGGUUGGUUCCAAUAGAACGCUAUAUUUUUCUACAGAAACCAGCAUUGCUACAUUGAUACAAGUAUUGUCAGAAUGGAUUCUGCAUGAUAAGUCACUGGCGCUGACAAAAAAUGCGCUUGCGGAGCCUACCAUGUAUAGCUUGGACGAGGAAAAUAGAAGACGAUUCCCAGCCAGUCCAGCAUACGAUGUUCUAAUCACCUUAGUUAAUCCUGAUCCUCAAAAGCUAAAAAUUGAUUGGAAUCUUAAGACAGUAACUGAAGAGUACAUGCAACCAUUUCUAGACGAGCUGUCUAUCUUGAGUAAUUUUUCGGUCAAAUCGCAGUGGUUGUACUUAUUGCCGUUAGACAUGAACCCCAGACGUGUACCCGACAGCAGUCCGAGCCGCAGGCAUUUUGCUUUACGUGAGAGCGUUCUGCCACAACUUGUGACGCCAUUGGAAAAGAAAUUAGCGUCGCAGGUUAGUCUUCAUCCAUGUAUCAAUUUAGUCGUUUAUAUGGUACCGUGUGACAGUGCGCCUCUACAUAUCUACACUCGCAGCGGGCAUAGAUCACGAACGGACAGCAACGUAGAAGCUUUUCUUUCUCCGAGAUGGGGUGGCGUGGUUUUGAUUAACCCACCAUCAGAGAUUUGCGAUAACGCGCGAGAGGAUGAAGCGGUUACUGUCAUUCCUGAGGAAACUGCUAUAGUAGGCACAUUUUUGGCACAGCUCAGACUACUGCUAGGUAUCCCAGAAAUGAAAUCUAUUAAUGGGGCGACGGCAGUGCCAUUGGUAGGGUUGAAAUCACGCGACUGGGAAAUUGAUUCCUUGUUGAGAUUUCGCACUGUCGAACAAUUAACUUCAGCCAAAUUAACUUUACAAUCACUGGCACGACUACUCAAAGAGAUUAGCAACAUCGUUAUCACAGAUAUAGUGGGAAACAGAAUCAACACCGCCCUCGAUCUAGUGCACGAGUCCGCUGAACAUCUACGACGAGGCGAUCUCGAACGUAGUUUCAUACUUAGCAAAGAAGCUUUCAUUAUUUCUGAGGCGGCCUUUUCCGACCCGACACUCUUAGCGCUUCUUUACUUUCCAGAGGAUCAAAAGUACGCCGUGUACAUUCCUCUUUUUCUACCAGCUAUGAUACCGGUGUUGUUAUCACUUAAAAAUAUACGAAGAUACUAUUUCCCUGGAAAGAACAGUACAGAAAAAAAGGCAGAUCAUAGAGAAAGUAAAAAUAAUGAAGACAAUAAACUGAAAGUCGAAUAACAGCUACUUAUCCAAAUGACAAUAUACUACAUCCAUACAAUCGUACGAUUGCUCGUUCGAAAUCAUAUUGAUCCAAAAAUAAUGUAUGGCAAUAAUAAUAAUAAUAAUAAUAAUAAUAAUAAGUAAAUAAUUUUAUGCGAGGCCUCUUGUCUAUGGUUUUCUUCACACGUAUGUAGCUCGUUAAAUACAUCGUAUUUCGAGUCCUUUAAUACAAUUGGGAUAUAACACAAAAGGCCUAUUUAAGGGAAUGCUGAACCAAAGGUCGAACUCCGAUGAUGUCAAUAAUACAAAUUUCUUUUUUGACCGAGAGUUGACUGGCAGGUGAUCGCGUGCGGGACAAAAAGACACAAUGGAACCCUCAGGAAGAGUUUGAACACAGAGGACGAGCUUGGCGCGUAGUCCAAUCAAGUGAGCUGCCAGUGCCAUAAUGGCGACGCCGCGCGAAUGCUGCGGCACUAUCAACAGGAUCAGUCGUGAAUUCUUUAUCUUCUGCAAUUCCUGCGGCAAUAUCCGUACAUUGUACUCAUUCAAGUUUGGGCGAUACAGAGACAAUCUCAUGGACCUGGAAGAUUGUAGAUGAAACCACGACCAUGUUGAAUUUGGUGAAAUGUGAUUAUCCAGGAUUGCUUUUACUCAAAUUUUGUAAAAGAAACUCUGAGAAUUUUCGAAUUUUCCAGGAAUUCUAUUUAAUCAGGUAAAAUUAGAAAAUUUUUUAAUGCAACUUUGAAAAAAAAAUUCAUUUUACUAUA